AUGAGCAAUUUAAAUGAUACAUCGGCCAUCCGUCAACAGAGAUCUGAGAACAACUCGGUCAGCAGUAAUGACUGGGAUAUGGCAAAUGAUGUGUUUGUGUCCUGCUACGAGGACCCGAUGGCAAUCCACGGGGAGAUGGACUCCGUGCAGCCCGUCUUGGACAGACACCUGCCGCUGAUCCGAGCGGACCAGCACGAUAGCAUUCUGAUGGGCCUAGUGGAGGAGCAGUACUCGGGCUACCACUCUCAUCCAGAGUCCGCCACGGGAUAUCUGGACGUGGACUCAAACUACACGGAAAGUGACGGGAGCGUGAGCACAAAGAAACGGAACCGGUCCAACAGUUCCAGACAGCGCGGGGAGGUCGUGACGGAGCUGGGACCCGAGGAGGUGCGCUGGUUCUACAAAGAGGACAAGAGGACCUGGAAGCCUUUCGUCGGGCAUGAUUCUUUAAAAAUCGAGAAGAUUUACAGGCGCUUUUGCGAGUUAAACCCAGACAAGGUUAAGCGACGCGUCCCUUCUGACGCAGAGCUUGACUUGACCGAAAUACAAGUGGAGAACGCGUCAACAGAGGCGGCAGCCGCUCAAGCGGACCCGGCUGUGGCGGAACGCAGUUCCGUUUCGGAUGAGAGGAUUGUGGACGGAAACGGCGUCAACGUGGAAGCGGUGUGCGUCCGAGGGGGGCUGUACGAGGUGGACGUCAAGGAGAAGGAAUGCUACCCCGUCUAUUGGAACCAACAAGACCGUAUCCCGGUGAUGCGCGGCCAGUGGUUCAUCGACUGCACCUGGCUGCCACUGGAGGAAGACGAGAGCGACGCCAUCGAGCUGGAGCACCUGGCCCGUUUCCGGGGGCAACAGAUGCGGGACACCUACGAGCCGGAGGAGGCGGCCGCCAUAGCGACGGCCGCAGCGGCCGCAGCGCUGGAGACCAAGGAUGCUGUUCACAGUCUGAAGCUGAGCAGGAGUCAUGUGGACUGGCACGGCGUGGAUGAGGUCUACCUGUACAGCGACGCCACCACCUCCAAGAUCGCCCGCACCGUCACCCAGAGACUGGGCUGGUCCAAAUCCUCGAGCAGCGGCACACGCCUCCACCGGGGCUGUGUGGAGGAGGCGGCCCCGGAGGACACGCCCCCGGAGACCACCCACAUUGUGUUUGUGGUCCACGGCAUCGGACAGAAGAUGGACCAGGGACGCAUCAUCAGAAACACCAGCAUGAUGCGAGACGCUGCCAGGAAGAUGGAGGAGAAGCACUUCUCCAACCGGACCACUGAACACGUGGAGUUCCUCCCUGUAGAGUGGAGGUCUAAACUGUCCCUGGACGGAGACACGGUGGACUCCAUCACCCCAGACAAGGUGCGCGGGCUGCGGGACAUGCUCAACAGCAGCGCCAUGGACAUCAUGUACUACACCAGCCCACUGUACCGCGACGAGAUCACGCGGGGCCUCACGCUGGAGCUGAACCGCCUCUACACGCUCUUCUGCACCCGCAACCCCGAGUUCCAGGAGAGCGGCAAGGUGUCCAUCGUGUCCCACUCGCUGGGCUGCGUCAUCACCUUCGACAUCAUGACGGGCUGGGACCCCGUGCGCUUCCACCACCAGGAGGCCCCGGACCCCGAGGAGACGCGCGCGCGCUGGCCCAGCCACGAGGAGCGCCACCUGCAGGAGCAGCUGCGCCUCACGCGCCUCCGGUACGGCCGCAGGUUGAGGGACCUGGAAGACCAGUUCCAGGGUUUACAAACCUCUUCGUUUGAGGCUGUCCCAGCCUUGAAAUUCAAGGUGGAGAACUUCUUCUGCAUGGGCUCCCCGCUGGCGGUGUUCCUGGCUCUGCGCGGGAUCCGGCCCGGGAUCUUAGGCACCCAGGACCACAUCCUGCCCAAGUCCAUCUGCCAGCGCCUCUUCAACAUCUUCCACCCCACGGACCCCGUGGCAUACAGACUGGAACCCCUCGUUUUGAAGCACUACAGUAACGUUGCCCCUGUCCAGAUCAACUGGUAUAACACAGUCAACCCCACGCCCUACGACCACAUCCGGCCGACACUGAUCAACCCUCUGAAGGAGAGCACCUCCGUCUCGGACUCCGACAGCCUGCCCAGCCCGUGCACCUCCCCGCCCCAGGGCCGCCGGCACUACGGAGAGUCCAUCACCAGCCUGGGGAAGGCCAGCUUCAUGGGCGCUGCGAGUAUCGGGAAGGGGAUCAGUGGGAUCCUCUUCUCCCGGUUUUCCCGCUCCAGCGGCCAUGUGGGAGGGCUGGAGGAGGAGCCGUCCGACCUGGAGUGCGGAGCCCCAGAGGGGGGGAGUGUGGAGGGGUCAGGGGAGGAGGAGGGGGGCGGAGCAGGGUUGCUGCUGUUGGAGGCGGAAGAGGAAGAGGAGGAGCAGAAGGAGGCGGAGCCUAUCAUGUGUCCGUCUCCGUCGGCCAUAUUGGACAGCACCUCAGUGGAGCUGGAGCAGCGCGUGGACUUCGAGCUGCGGGAGGGCAUGGUGGAGAGCCGCUACCUGACGGCGGUGACCUCCCACACGGCCUACUGGUGCUCCUACGACGUGGCGCUCUUCCUGCUCACCUUCAUGUACCGGCAGCAGGAGUACCCGGAGCCCCACCACGCAGAGCAGUCCUAACACACACACACACACACACACACACACACACACACACACACACACACACACACACACACACACACACACACACACACACACUGGCAUCUUAGCACACACACACACACUGGCAUCUUAACACACACACACACACACACACACACACUGGCAUCUUAACACACACACACUGGCAUCUUGACACACACACACACACACACACACACACUGGCAUCUUGACACACACACACACACACACACUGGCAUCUUGACACACACACACACACUGGCAUCUUAACACACACACACACUGGCAUCUCAACACACACACACAUUGGCAUCUUGACACACACACACACACACACACUGGCAUCUUGACACACACACACACACACACACUGGCAUCUUAACACACACACUGGCAUCUCAACACACACACACACAUUGGCAUCUUGACGGACGCACAGGCGUCUUAACGCGCGCAUAGAUGCAGGCAUCUCAACACACACACACACAGGAAUCUUAACACACACACAGGCAUCUUAUUACGCACCCACACACACACGCACACAUCAUCUUAACACACACACAGGCAUCUCAAUGCGCACACACACACAAAGCAUCUCAACACACACACACACACACAGCAUCCCAACACACACACACAGGCAUCUUAACGUGCACACACACACACAUACACAGGCAUCUUGACGCACACAUGCAACCAUCUUUGUUCUCUCAAACAGACGCAUAUACAUGCACGUCUUAAUGCCCCAAGUCAUCUUAAUGCGCCGAUACAUAUACACAUACAGAACAAACAGGGAACUUCACAUAAACACACCCUAACCCUUUAACACAAUAAAACACACCCAAUCGCCAUCAUAACAAAACACAUAUGCAUGCACACACACAAACACACAAACACAAAGGCGAAGAAGGGACGUGUAAUAAGAUCAUUUAUUCUUGACAAUAAUUUAUUUAUCGUUUAGUCCUGGGUUUAAAGCAGAUGUUUGAACCGGUAUUUUCCUGUAGUAUGUGAUAGUUGUCUUUUUUACCGAGGAAUCUGGUCGUGAAACAGCCUACACGACUCCUCAAAAAAUAAGCAGACAUAAUAAUGAUCAUUUCAGCCCAAUUUUCACUAUUGCGUUUUGUACAGUUAAGAAAGUCAUCAACUCAUGCCAAUGAGUGAAUGAAAAUGACCCUUGUUAACAACCUGAACCCUGACACACAAACAUGCAUUUGUACAAUCAUAAUAAAUACACACUACAUAAAUGUGGUAACACACAUUUAGACAUGCAGUACACACACUCAGCCCCACAACUCACACCACAAAUUUCCCUCUGAAUGGAUGCCUCCCUUUUUUGAUAUAACCUUUAACCUUUUGACCUCGAAUGCAGCAGACGUACACUGUGGACUUAUUUAUUGUUCAUUCGUUGAUCCUGUUUGUUCUCCUGAUAAUGAAUUGUUAGCUUGUAUUCCCUGCUGUCUUUACCUUGUUCUUUCGCUGUCAUCAUGGACGUUGUGUCCGUUCUAUACGGCAGUCCUCCUGUGCUCCUUAACCCCUUAGGUUUGAUCCGAUAUUUUAUCUGUAGUUGUAGGACACUGUGGAAAUCUCACAAUACAACCUCCCUCCAUUACAGUUCAUACGAGGUCAUGGAUUCUGAGAACAGAAAUGGUCAAAAUCGAGAAUUCAGAUGAAUAGAAUAGGCAAUAUUUUUUGUUCUUGUUGGUUCACAACAGUUUUUUUUUUGUUUAAUGUAGGGAGUGAAUCCUAGAAGCCAUACUAUCAUGUUUACCUUCAGCAAACUGCAGUUGAAUGAUCCUCACACAUAUACGGUGGCCAAAAUGAUUGUUUUCUUGACUAGAAUCGUAGCUUUAUAAGCACACGUAAAGUUUGCCGACCAUCCGAAACAUUUCCACAUAAACCAACAAACGGCUUAAUGACAUGUCUGACGGGGUCAAAUAUCACAGAUAUAGUUCUCUGGGUGAAGAUUGUUUUUACCGAUAUCUUGGUGCAAAUCCUAUUUGGCACUGGAUUAAACGAAGCAUGAAACGGUUGUGUGUGGAGAGCACACACAACCAGGCUUUGCUACUACGAUUCAAUAAAAAAAUCACGAUUAGCAUGCUAGUGUAGCGUGCACGAGGUUUGGAACGCGCCCCCACCCCCCCCUUCCACCCCCCCAGUCCUAGUGCAUCUAGACCUCAGUGAACCGGGAGGUCUUACCUUUACCACGACAAAACUUUCAGCCAAAAGACGUUGACUAUUUUUCUACCAAUUUACCGUUUACGUUAUUUUGUUUCCUACUUGGCUGUUCGAUUUGCUCUUGCUGUUUAGCCAUUCUUAUAAUAAUAAAGGUUGAACAACUUGAAAGGUCUUACAUAUGUCCUACACUACUUGUGUACCCUGUUUACAUAAUGUCUGCUAAUGGAAGAUGAACUGAACGGUUUGGGCCUGUUCGUGUGCCAUAUCCAAAUGUAAUUACUGUUGCUAUUUGCGUCACCUUUUUAUGUUUUGUUUCGCAAGAGGAAGUGGAGAGAAAUGCACUCUUUUAGUGUGUUAAAAUAAAGUUCUUGUUGGAUUGAGACCAGUUCUUGGUUCAGGAGUAUGAGUACUCCAUGAAACUUCACCAAGUUCUGAAUGAACAACAAAUUAACUGGGACUUGUCGUUGCUACCUAACUUUAUUUUUUGUGUAUCUUGUGUUGUUUCUGUUUUGUUUUAAUACUUCCUGUUAUGUUAAAGUGCCAUUUUGUUUCCCAACUGAGGCCACUCCAAUAACACAUCUGUCUUUAAAUUACUCGCAGUAAGAGUCGAUGAGCCCAAAGCCUCUGUGUGAAAUCUGUACGAUAAACCGGCCUUCAUGCUAACCCCUUUGUACCUUCUGUGUCGACUGUUCCUAAUUUAAUUAUGUGGUGCUUUUACCUUGGUAAUACUUUGUAAAUAUUUCAUUUUUUCAUUAAAGUAGACUUCUGCACCUUCUCUCUAACAA